CCGAUCCCCAAUAUAUUUCAGUCAAGGACACCCCCCCCUUCAACCUUGCUCACCCGUGCUGCCGCUGGCACUGUCACGGUCACCAGUCAUCGAGGCCGCCGCCCCCAUUUUUCCCCCAUCUAACGAGGGUGAAGGGCCCUGGAGUGGCGUGAUCUCAUAACUCUCACGCCCAAGACACCCCUGGCGGUCUCGAAGUCGGCACCCCUGCCCCCCACCACCCUUUUGUCCGUGCUGCCCCUGUUUUUAACGACACAGGGCGUCGAUUAGGCCGCAAGAGGGCCGUCUCACAUGCAAACAUAGAGCGAGCUGCCCCCGUUUCGCUGUCCACGCCGCGCCCGGUGAAGAAGCGGGCUGCCAUCAUCUUUUUAUUAUUUUGUCUUCGCCGAGAUUCCAGAGUGUCACCAAAAUGGAAGGUGGACCCACUCCAAGAACUUUCUGACAAGCGCCGACGUUGGGUUGGUUUGCACCUUCGCCGGGACUGGAUUUGCUUGAAAAUGAAUAAAAACAGGACCGACUGCCCGUCGUCUGCCUGGCGGUCCUCCCUCUUUUUUCUCUCCUUGUUUUCCCAUCGUUGUUUUUUCCCUUCGUGCCGUUGUGCCUGGAAUGUCUGUCGUCGUUUUUCCGGUACCACCUGACUGAACCGCAGUCUCGUUUCUCUUGCCUUAGAGCUUUCCUCUUCCCCAUCUCCAAGACCAAAGGCUCACGCCCCUCCCCCCUGAAAGCCCACGCCCCCCAGCCUUCAGCCAAGUGCGACAUCGGACCGGACCGGGUAUCGCCUUCCCGCCCAAGACUCCAAACCCUGCCGACACGAGCCGCAACGCGUGCCAGUCGCAGAUCGCGGGAUCGCUCCGGUCUUGAACCCCAACUCGACCUCUCCUCCAUCCCGCUCCCGGAUCCCAAAACCAAAACCCAUCCCGCCGCCAAGAUGGUCUUCAUCACGCGCCUCAUCUCCAUGACCAACUUCGCCGUCGCCAGCUCCGCGCUCGGCUUCCAGGUCUUUGUGCUGUACCCGUGGCACAAGGAGCUCGACGCCAGCUUCGAGGAGCUCCGGAAGGAGCACCUCAAGGUCCUGGCCGCCGUCAGCGGCGGUCGCGUCAUCACGAGGAAGGAGGGCGAGGCCAUGCAGCAGCGCGUCAGCCGCGAGCUGGCCCAGCACAUGCAGGGCGAGCACAAGAGCUGGUGGUCCCAGUACUUUGCCCGCCACUGAAGGGCUUGACCCCGGGCUCGUCCGCGCACUACCUCUACACAUGCAGAACUGCACCAACUGAAAGCCAGUUCCUCUCCUACGUCUUGCCUACGAGCACCAUGGAAUUACAAGAGUAUAGACUAGACGACGCACGACACUCCAGGCACUGGUAUUGAGAAGAUAGUUUUUGCUUUGGACUAUAUAUAUUAACUUGAUUUUAAUGUUGCACAAUGUUUUAUUGCGA